UGGUGAUCAAAGUCGAUGGAGCCAUGCACCUGCAGAGCGGCGCGUCGCGACGCGGCGGGCCCAGAAUAUUCAGGGCGACGUCAGGCUGGCGGUGAGUCACCCGACACCUCCGCGACGCCGCUCGCGCUCGGCCGACGCUUGAAACGGCGCCUCCGCCGCGGCCGUCCUCAGUCGACGCCCGGCAGCCACAGGCUCAGCACAGCAGCUUCCCUUCUCCUGCGCGCCACUCCGCCACACAGCAAAGACAAGAUGUCCAGCCGGAUUUCGACGCGGCCGCGGCGCACCAAAGUGUACGACUGCAACUUCCGGGCGGGCGAGCGCUACUACAAGCCAGUGCUGGACGACGUGGACCGCAAGUACUCCGGCAGGUCGGAAGCCGGCACCGGCGGCCUCUCCUCGCUGCGGGGCGCUCUCGCCGACGCAGAGGCGUCGCUCGGCUCGCGGUCGCGCGCCACCCCUGACGCAGAAUUUCCAGAGAGGCGGCCACUGUCGGCCCUGCUGGACGAGGCCGAGGGCGAGGACUCGUCGCCGUUCCGGCGCGCGGGCGGCGGCCGGCGGCGGCUCAUCGGCUCCGUCGACGACGCCGACGAGGAGGACGACUUCUUCAGCUCGCGGCGCGUCCGCGAGUCCCGGGCACGCAUCGCGGCGCUCGAGGACGAGAUCUCUGCUGCUAGGACGUCCUCCCGGUCCAAGCUGCGCGCUGCAGACGAAUUCGCCGAGAAGGUUCUGGACACCGUGGGCCUGAAGAAUUCAGACAUAGGCAAGGCGCGCCAAUUCCUGGAGGAUGAGUCAAUCUACAAGAGGCGGUCCAGGGCCGCUGCUGCAGAGGAGGAGGAAGACACGGGCAGCAGGACUCUCGCAAAGUGGUCGAAGCUGACUGACCUGGAGUCAGUGCGGGAGAACACGGAGUCGGCGGCGGCGAGCCGCGCGCGGCAGUCGCGGGCGCGCCUGGCCGACCUGGAGAACGAGAUGGAGGCGCUGGAGAACCGCGCAGCGGCGCGCGAGCGGCGCUCGGCCAACGUGCGCGCGCUGCUCCAGGAGACGGCCGACGUCGGCCUCUCCUCCGACGCCGCCGAGUCCAGCUCCAGCUCAACCACGGUGCGCGCCAGCGCACUGCGCGUCAAGAAGGUGUCCGCAUCCGCCGAGAAGAAGACCGUCACCUUCUAAGGCGGCGCCAGCGACUGCGGUACUGGCACGUCACAGAUUUUAGAGGAAAGACAUCUCGCUCAGGCCGGAACAGAAGGAAACUGGGAGGUUACUACCGGAAACGUGAGGGUGCAGUUAUGGUACGUCCAGUCUUUCUCACACCACGCACCAAAACAAUCAGCACUCUUCCUAAACCCCAAGCACUUCUCAGAAACACAGUCCCAGUCGCUGUGUUUCGCUCUUCCAACGUUGAAAUAAUUUUCUUCCUCCCUUUUUCGUUGUUCCAUUAGCUACUUACAACGACACAAAAAAAUGUUUGUAAACUAUCAUCAUCUCACACAAUUUACUGCACAUCAUCUAUAGCCUCCGAAUUCCUGCAAUGCACUAUUCUUCUCCAGCAGAUCACAGCGCCAACAUUUACACUGAGUUGUGAAUUACUAUGUAGCUUUCAAUGAGAAAAAUUACACAACAAUCACAGCUUUACAAUGGAUACAUGACGAAAUGAGAUUAUGAAUGUAGAGAUGUGUACUGUAUUCCUGCAUGUGGAGAUGAUUAUAACGAUAAUCAUCAUGAUAAUUACGAGGUGGCUCGUUCUGAGAAUUCUAUUAUGAGGAAGUAAUUUAUUGGACUCAUAACUAAUACAGAAAUGUUACUCCAUUCUUAUGGCUACGUAUUUGUCUUCUGAGCGACACUAUCUCAUCUGUUCCACACACUCAGAAAAUAGUACACUUUCGUAACUGUUAGGCUGCCAUUAUUCUCUUUGCUAGACUUUUUAUGUAAUUAGACCGUGUUGAGCUCUGUAAUUCAUAAUAUUAUGUAAUGAAAUGUUUUUCUUCUUUUGUAAGGUGGAUCAGACUUUAUGUCUAAUUACUGUAUACUUAAAUACGUUCUUUUAAAAUACAUAUGAAAAAUGUC